AUGGCGUCUCCUCUUGGGCUCGGUGGCUCUCCCGCCCAUCCAGAGAGCUUCUCUGAUCCCCCUCCUACUACUCCUCCAGUGCGAAGGAAACCUCUUCCGCAAAAUGAUGCCCCAGUGACCUCUGGUCCUGUCCACCCCUCCUCUCCCCUUUCCUUCGAGGGCGAUAAACCCACUUCCAUUCCCACAGCACCAGUGGCCAGACCUCCAUCUCCUUCAUCGGUGGAUGGGGACUCGUUCAUAUCGGUGCAAAAGAACCCAAAUAGACGCCAACCUGUCCAACCCCUACACGUCGAUACCGCCGCCUCCCGCCACGGCUCCGCCGCGUACCUGAGAUCGGUGCUCGAGGACGACGACGACGAAGACGAGGAUCCGGACUAUUUUGAUGAGGAAUAUGCGCACCAGUUCAUGAGUGCAACUCCCCUGCACAGUCGUCUGGAUAGCGAACCAUUCAUUCCGGUCCUCAAAUCCCCUCCCCCCACGAAACGAUUUUCACGAAGGGCAACGAGUAUGGCAUUACAUCCGCCUAUGAACCGGCCACCACCACUACAUAUUGACGUAGAUCCGCGAUCGAUGUCUAUGUCCAUGGCUGGGGAUCCGCGACAACCAAAGACACCCGGAAAUAAGAUCAGCUCCUUCUUUGGUUGGAAGGGCGCGUCAGGAAAUAAUAAUCAUAAUAAUACAGUUACCUCCCCGGGAGGUGAAUCCUCCAGCACCGAGAUCUCCGACUCGGGUCGGUCAGCGAUGCCUUCCCCCAUGCCGCCAUUAGCGAACGUCCCUUUCAAGCCUUCCUCUCCCUACGAUACCAGGAAUGGAUAUAGCCUCCCGGCGCGAACACCCUCUCUGGGGUCUUCGAGUAUAAAAGAGAACAUAUACAUGUCUAAAAUGGCAGAUUUGGAGAAUGAAUUGCGCGAGAUAAGCUCCGAAUUGGCGGGAUCUAUCCGCCGAGAAAUGGAUUUGGAGGAUUUAGUCGAACGGCUCCAGUCAGAAGGCCCGGAUGCCAAUCGCCGGACCAGUGACUAUUUCUCGGACUCGGGUACUAGCUCUGUUCGCUAUGCCUCCGAUACUGGGAAGUCUGAAGAUAUUGAGAAGAUCCGCCGCAUGGCAGAGCAAGAACGGGCCCAGCUCAAGGUCGAACUAUCGCAGAAGUUACAGGAAGAGCGGUCUCAACGGAUGGCAUCAGAGUCACAUGUGCAGAUCUUGGAAUCUCAAGUCCAACAGCUUCGACGCGAAAGGACGGAUUUGUCAGAUCUGUCGUCCAAGACGAAGGAACUUGAGACUGCUCUGGAGAAUACCAAGCGAAAACUGCUGGAGGAACGGCAGUCAAAAGAUAACUUCGAGGAUCUACUUACUGCCAUGCGAGUAGAGUUGGAACAGUUGCGUAAUGAACGAGACCAACUUCGAGAUGGCAACAAGCUCGCAGAGGAAAUUGAGGCGUUGAAAAUCGAGAAUGCCUCCUUGGCCCAGCUUCAAGGUGGCCGGUUUGCUUCAAUCGCAGAGGAAGGUGGCUCGGCCAGAAAUUCAGCAUUCGGAGUGUCACGAUCGAACUCCAUUGCACGCAAACCCAGCGGCUUAUCCCGCUCGGGCUCUCUUUCCCGGUCCAACUCGGUCAGCAAUAACAACAACAACGGUGGUAAGUCACCUGAAACCCGCGAAUCGUUGGUCGACAAGGUCCAUGAUAUCGAGGUACAACGUGAUGCAUUGCAUCGGGCUCUGCGAAGCCUUCUCGAUCGCCAGGCAUUCCAGGCCCGCGAGUACGAGAAGCGCACUCGAAUGCUCGAAAUUGAGCUUGCUCGAAGCCAGCAAUUGGGCCAGCCGCAAAGAUUAGGCUAUGAAAGGGAUGUCCGUAACCUACGUGACGAAAUGAACCACCUCCGCAUGCGCGCUGAGGACGCUCUGGAUGCUAAGUGGCAGUGCGAGAAGAAUCUCGCGGGUCUGAAGAUGGACUUGGAUCGUGCCGAGCAGGAAACCAGCGCUCUGCGCGUGCUUCUGCAGGAGGACAGCACCGCUGGUGCAGAGUUGAUGGGUGACCAAGAAGGCUUUGCUGACAUGGUGACGACCUCCUCUUUCCUGCAAUCUGCAUUACAGCAAUUGCAAGCAGAUCAAGCUGACGCCGAGGCGAGUGUCGCUGGCUCGGAAGACCUUGCUUCCUCACUUGCUCGGGUUGAAGCACUGGGCUCCAACGUCCACUACCAGCUUCAGGCCAACACCACUCUGCAUAGCCGUCUCGCAGCGGCCAUUGAUAAGGGUGAUAAAGAUCAACAAAUCUCAGUUGAGCGAAUCAAUGUCUUGCAGAACCGCAUGAGGGAGCUGGAGGACGAUCUCCUGGCUGCUCAGAAUCACUCCGAAGAAGAGAUGAGCAAGCAUGAGGAUGAGAUUCGCUUGCUGAAGGAAAGCCAGGGUGCCCAGCUCACGCGGAUGAUCAACGCCAGCCUCUCACCCCGGACGCCGAACGCACCCUUUGAGGUUCGCUCACCGCGUCUGGAUCAAACCACGAGCGGUAAGGGCGUCCCAUUGACGCAGGUCGUCCAGUCCGAAAUGCUGGAGCGACGAGUCAAGGACCUCGAAAAACUCCUCCGUGAUGCGGACAUGGAGAUGGAGCAAGUGGUUGGACGCAUGAAUCGCACGCAAAUUGAUGUGGCUCAGCUUCAAACUGACAGAGACAAUGCUCUUCGCCAGACUCGCCAACUACACACUGAGAUCCAAGCUGAGCGCGACGCCCUCCGAGCGCUCAUUAACGCCCUGUAA